UGUUUACAUUAUGCAUAGUUCAUAUGCUAUACUGAUGAGGCACUGUUCGGAAUCAGAAGUAUUUUAUUGAGUCCCCGACGACGUUAUAAUGCUCGUAGAAGAUCAUAUCAAUAACAAUAAGUAUUUUGUGUGUAGAAAAUGUGUCUUCUCUGUUAUAUUUAAAUAAUACAUUAAGCUAGUGACAUGAACCUUUGUGGCCAGUCCGGCGACCCCUGAAGCUGAAAGAGGAUACGUUGUUGAGCAUUGUGUUGCCUGUAUUUCAUGCUGAGCUGUGUGAGAAAGGAUCUCUGUUACAUUACCUGUCCUCAUGUUUACUUAUUUAUCUGCUAACACUACCCACUUUCUCUGACGUAUUUUUAGUGCUGGGAUAUCGAUAUCAACAUCAGUUGUGUUGUUUUAUUCUAAUAAAUUGCAGCUUCUAGUUCAAACGGUUGAGUUGGCCUAGAUCUUGUUGCAGGGCUGUGGUUGUAGUUUGCACUAUGUUCCACCUCUGGAUAUAUCUGCCUCCGCACUCUCUUCUAACUUUGAACAACUGCCAUUUGCAUAAGCAAAUGAAAUAUCAGUAAAUAGUGAUCAGAAGCAUUAAUAUUUACUCUAAUCUAACAAUCUUUACCACAGCAAUUCUGAGUGCAAUUUUAAGCAUGGAUUUUCUUUUUCCGGGUUUUGGAGUACCAGUGAAAUAUAGAUGACAGCUCAGGAGACACGUCUGUGUGGGCUCCUGCUGCAGGAGCACUUUGGAGACGUUGUAGAAAAAGUUGGAACACACCUGCUCAAAAAUGGAACACAGAAUCUAAGAACAAUUCUUCAUGAGACCGGCACCUCACUGAAUCUGGUGAAGAAGUCUCUGUGUGUGCUCAUGCAGCACGGCGCCUGUGUGUUCAGUCCAGGUCGUAAAGGACCUGGGAGUCCCACAGAGUACCAGACUAGUGCCGAUCGCAUUCUGAGAAUUUUACGUUACCCACGUUACAUCUACACCGCAAAAACUCUGUACGGCGAUACUGGAGAACUCAUCGUAGAGGAGUUACUUCAGAGAGGUCACAUGACCAUGAGCAGCACAGUUAAGACGGUGGCCGACCGCCUCACCCAGAACAUGGAAGAGGGCCGCAGCAUUGAUUACAGCGAAGUGUCGUCAGCCUUCUCCAAUCUGGUGGAGACUCACUUUCUCCAGCGCUGCCCCAUAUUACAUGGAACAGGAGCAAAAGACAGCUCGGCUGCACCCGCUGCCCCCGAGAGCGCCACCCUGCCCUCACCGGAGAGCUUCCCCGACUGCUACAGGGUACCACAAAUCCAGCUUUUCGGGCGGGGCAAGCGGCAGCACUCUGGUGAGGAUGGAGAAGAACAAAGGAACGCAAAGAAACCCAAGUUGGACCCAGCUACACACGGUGACGAGGGAAUUUAUUGGCAGGUGAAUUUUGAGAGGUUCCAUCUUCACUUCAGAGAUCAGGCCAUCAUCAGUGCUGUGGCCAACAAACUGGACCAGACCAGCAGUGAGAUUGUCAGGACUAUGCUGAGGAUGAGUGAAGUGACAACUGCCCCCAACGCCUCGUGCACAAAGCCCCUGUCAGCCAAUGAAAUCUUCCGCUCUCUCCCAAGCAGCUACAACAUCUCCAGGCCCAUUUUGGACCAGUACCUCACUCUGCUGGUGGACGACCCGAUGGAGUUUGUUGGAAAGAUGGGUGAAAGUGGAGGAGGGACAUACGUUGUCAAUUUAAACAGAGCACUGGCCAAUCUGGCCCGAGCUACACUGGAGUCUGUGGUGCAGGAGAGGUUCGGUUCCAGGUCGGCACGCAUUUUCCGUCUGCUGCUGAGGAAACGUCACCUGGAGCAGAAACAGGUGGAGGAUUUUGCGAUGAUUCCAGCUAAAGAGGCUAAAGACAUGCUCUACAUACUGCUGUCACAGAACCUGGUACAACUGCAGGAAGUUCCAAAAACUCCCGACUUCGCCCCCUCACGUACAUUUUACCUGUACACCGUCAACCAACUCCCCACUGCCCGGAUGCUGCUGCAGAGCUGCUACAAGACGGUUGCAAAUCUCAUCGAGAGACGUCUGUUUGAGACCAAAGAGAGCAAACGCCUACUGGAGAAAUCCCAGCGAAUCGAAGCCAUCCUGGCGUCUCUGCAGGCCAGCGGGGCGGAGCCCGAGCAGCUGACGGAGGUGGAGGAGAUGAUCACGGCCCCUGAAAGGCAGCAGCUGGAGGCGUUAAGACUUCACAUCAACAAAUUAGAUUCGGCCGAGAACCAAGUGGAUGAAACCAUCUUUCUUCUCGAAGCCUACAUUAACUCCACCGUCAGAGCUGUCAGCCCAGUCAAAGGGAAAUGACAGGAACUCUUGUUUUGAACGAAUGCUUUCGAAUUAUUUUAGUCUUUAUAAGAAUGUUGGAAUCCUUCAGUUUGGAUUAGAAUAAAGCAACUGCACAUUUUUAAGUCCUCUUGUGGUGGGAUGGUAUUAAAACACUCAAAAUAGAUACAGGUUUGGUUUUCUUUGUUUGAUGAGUGUAGACUUAAACAACAACAUUUUUAUUUAUUUAUAUUUGUCUGUGACAUUUUUGACCCUUGUAAUGCAGUCUAGUUGUGGGCUGAUUACACCGCCUGUCUUUAGCAAGACGGUUGUAGCUAACGUUAGCUCUGGCGUCUGUAAUCGGACUGUUGUAGCUAACAUUAGCUCUGGUCAUAACGUCAUAUGUUUUACAUUGUUAUCACUCUAAUCUUCCAUCGUUGUUCACCAAUUCUCUUGUUCGCUGACGUAACUCAAUUUAUCCAGUGCAUCUUCUUCUGGCUGGCAAACAGACUUUAGCUGCAUUACUGCCACCUACUGGGCUAAAGAGUAUUGGGUUAACGUUGUGUCAAAAUUUAAUAAACUCAUCAAAAUGUAUUUCCUUUAUUUUAUUUUGACAUGACGAAAAAUAAACAAACACUUGUUUUUUUCACACUUUUAUUAUUUCAACAAAAUCAAAUCCAUUUCAACAACAACAUACGUUAAAGUGAUGCCUGGGAUGUAAAACCAUGAUGAGUUCUCCAUAUUAAAUAAAAGUAAUUGUGAUUUCGUACACAUACGUGUUUCUUUAAAAAUACUAAAAAAAAA